GUAACCGUGUAACUUUCUUUCUCCUGCAUUUAGGAGCUCUCUCAGUAAAAUUGUGCAUAAAGUACAGAGUUUUAUUUUAUCUUUCAUUAAAGAAAAUUAGUCAGGCUUAGUUCAUUCAAAAGAAUUCCGUUUACUUAUCGAAAUUCAACCACCGAUAAACAAACGAGUCUUGCAAUUAAGAAACGUAAACCUUUGCCUUGUGGAUUCUUAGGACGACCACAACUAACAGAUAACUAGUCAGGCAGAAAUUUCAAUUGUUUGGCUGCUCUUAUCCGAACAUAAGGCCACGAUCUCAGUCGCUCAAAGUCCCGCAGCUACGCGUCCGCUCACGGCGUAAUUAUACAAAUUCGGAUGUAUAUGUUCACCCGCAUUUUCGUUAAGGUAUCUAUGUCUUUUUUACGGAGUCAAGGGUGACUAAUUACAUUGACCUGAUUAUUAUCGCGCAGCGCAUGAUACUCGCGAUCCCAAAACUGUGACAACCUUGUGACUCACACCAUGUCAAUCGGGUCCCGCAGCGUAGGGUUGAAAGGUCGCGCGCACGAUGUCUCAAGGUAAGUUAUCCCCACUUGGGACAAGCUGCUUAUUAGUUAUGACACGCUAUAAAAUGGUAAAGCUUCUCGCCGAUUGACACAUUUGCAAGCGGCGGCCGAUGCUCAAGCAGCAUGGCUCGAGUUGUCAUUACUGUUGUGGCCGUCGCAGUUGUGACUCUUCAGACCUCCGAGGCGACUAUUUUUUUACCGGCAAACGUGAGUCUCGGAAAGAAAUAUUUGUGUAUUCGCUAUUGACUAUUAUCAGUCGCAAGCUGUUAUUGUUAGCGCACGAAUGUUGAUGUUGCAGACUUUUUUCGAUUCGCUUCCAGCAUUCCAGACGACCAAUUCAAACACAUCUCUCAACUUUUGUAAACACUGUGCUUGUGGAGUCAACCGGCGAACGAGAAUAGUGAACGGCGAGAUAACGACGUUCGAGGAGUUCCCAUGGGCGGCUCAAAUCAAAUACCACCACAAUCAUCACUGCGGAGGCAGUUUGAUUACAGCAAGACACAUUCUCACAGCUGCCCACUGUCUCUACGAGUUUGACCAGAAGUCGUUCACCAUUCAUUUGGCCAAUGGUGCUACGUACAGAGUUAAAAGGGUGAAAAUACACCAGCAGUACGAGCAUGCCAAUAACGACAACGACAUCGCGAUCAUCGAACUGAAUAGGGCCGUAACAUUGGGCGUAGCUGUGACAACCGUGUGCCUGCCCAGCGCGCCGACGUUCAAGCAGUACGGUGGACGGACAGCGGUGGCCAUUGGCUGGGGAAGAAUCGGAUCCAGCGAGCCCGUUAGCGAGGAUUUGCGCAAAGUCGAUCUGCCCAUAAUGUCCGAUGAGGAAUGCUUGCAAGCGGAUUACCGCAAGAAUCGCAUCACCGACAACAUGUUCUGCGCUGGAUACUUCGAGGGUGGACGCGACUCUUGCAAAGGCGACAGCGGCGGUCCACUGCUGGUACGUAAUGACGUCGGCGCAAUGGAAGUUGUCGGUAUUGUUUCAUUUGGCCGAGGCUGCGCCAAGCCAAGAUUCCCGGGGGUUUACACCAAAGUCUCCAAUUAUUUGGGAUGGAUCGGACAGAAUUUACGCAACGAAUGCCUUUGCUCGCCAGCUAGUGAAUUAUAGCGUGACAAGAUGCACGGUGCUGCACGUUAAACAAACUAACGCGAGAAUCAUGUGAUCACAAUAGAAACUCGCUUGAGAAUUCUUCGAAAUGAAGAAACAAAAUUCAGUCCCUUUGAU